CUAACCAGACACGCACUGAACCACGCCCUGCUCUCUCUUUCUCUCUCUCGCGUUGGGACGAUCCUCUGCGAGUUUACGCUUGCGCUGGAGAAAACAUCUCCUACGAUCAUUGAUGUUAUUCUAAUGGAUGCGUCCGCACCAUAUACCGAUUUGGCCGAACCAAGAGCUCCGAAAAGAUUGAAGAAUGGAGGAGAAGAGAUGGAUCUAAGUGAAGACACGAUGAGGGGUGAGAAGGAAACUGGGAUAAGAAGAUGGGAGGACUUACCUGUUAACUGCUUGGUGGAAAUUUUCAAGAAAUUGAGUAUGGAGGACAUGACAACUGGUGUUCCUUUUGUAUGCAAAUCCUGGUAUGAAGCUCAUCUCGACCCUAGCUGUUGGAAGAUUCUAGACGUUCGUGGGAUUGAUCCAUGGUCAGGGAGCCCUUUUAUCGAGAACCCUUUUAUUGAGAGGUUCAUGCACGAAUACCGUUUAACGAAAUUCACAGUCAUGGGGUUUCUGAAAUUUGUCAUCAAUCGUAGUCAUAAAUUAGCCACCAAGCUGAUCGUCCCUGAUCGCCUUCUUCCUCUAAGUAACUUGGUCUACUUCUGCAAACAAUGCCCUAUGGUGAAUAUUUACGCUUCGUGGCAGCCAGAGCAAAAUCCAGGUCUUAUCCGUGGAUUUGUGAUGAAGUUGAAUGAAGUAAUCUCGCUAAACUGUAGGAAUUUAGAGUUGUAAUAUAUCUGUAAGGAAGCAUGCUUCUGAAAGAUUUGUAAAAGUGUUGAUUUAAUCCUCUUUUGCAAAAUGCUUUUUGUAAACUCUAUGGUUUUAUGUAAUUUAUGGCCUGAAUAAUGUCUAGCUCUGAUAUUGUUCUCUCAUG